AUGUACAGGUAUCGCUGGUUCACAAGUGGAGUUGUGUACGACAUGGCGAACUAUGACGUCAGAUGGGAGGGGGACGGGACCAAAGAGUAUCUGGGUCACUCCUUGUGGGUCAAUGAGGACGAAAUGAAUAAACCCGGGAGACAAGUUGUGUAUACUUAUGGAGUGUAUGCGUAUCUUUUGGGGAGGGACACGUCAUCAGCCAUGAACCCGUUUAUUUGUGAGAUCAGUCAGGAGGAAUCCUACAAGGUUGUACAAGACGAGAGGGAUUACACGUAUGGCUUUAACACAACUGAUUCCGAAAAAGUUCCACAAGGACCAAGAUUCCUGAUACAGCCUCGCAGCAUUGUGGUGGUUGGCAAAGCUAUUGCAGCAACCUUUGAGUGCGUAGCUUACGGUAAUCCUCAACCGGAUUACAGAAUCACCAAAAUAGCCAACAAUGGCAGUGUGUAUGACGUCAGUUCCGCCACCGAUUACCGGUACACUUUGACCAAUGGAAAGCUCUCUAUUCAGAGCCCGGAUGAGAUCUAUGAUGCCGGGACGUACUACUGUACCGCGGAGAAUCAGAUUGGGACGGUGAGGAGUGACUACCUGUCCAUGAGAUUCGGCAGCCUUGGAGAAUUUAGCAAUGUUGACCGAGCACCAGUGACAGCAUACGCCUUCCAGUUUGCCGUCAUAGACUGUCUUCCCCCAACAUAUACACCAGCUGUAUCCUACCAGUGGUACAAAGAUGACAAACAGUUUGUUCGACCAGAUCUUCAUUCCUACAUCUUUAUCUCCCGCAAUGGGAAGCUGUACUUCAGCGAGGUGUCGACCGCGGACCGAGGAAACUACCGGUGUAUUGUGAAACUGACGUCUAACAAUGGUGCCGCUAUAGGGACUGACCAGCCCCCGAGUAGGACUAGCCUACCCACGUUACUGGACGUACAAAACGCAGUUGCCACUGUUUGGGGUCCAGAAAUUUCGAAUGAGUUCAUCUCAGUACACCCAAGGACACCUCAAAAAGGACAAAGGGUUUAUUUGGAAUGUCUUGCCUUUGGAACUAUGCCAAUAACGUAUUCUUGGUCUCGCCACGGCCUUCCAAUGUCACCAAGAGCGAGUUUUACGGACCACAACCGUGUGUUGAUCAUUGAGGAUGUCCGAAUAGAAGAUGGCGGGACCUAUAUAUGUCACGCAUCAAGAUACACAACAGCCAGGACGCAGAAAAACGUCACUUUGUUUAUAGAAACAAAGCCUUAUUUUAGUUACCCUUUGAAAAGUCAACAUGUGGACAUAGGAAGCAAGCUAACUUGGAGAUGCGAAGCUACGGCUAUGCCGGAACCGGUAUAUGAAUGGUAUAAAGACGGAGUCCGGCUGGUCAUCAUUCCGGGGAAAAUAAGCAUUGUCAGAAAUGUUUUGACGAUACAGAACCUAGAAAUCAGUGACAAUGGAAUGUAUCAAUGUUCAGCAGAAAACAUUUAUGGAAAGUCAUUUACGGAGGGUCAACUAAGGGUGCUAGCUUUCCCCCCAUCGUUCGUCAAAGAGCCCCUGAUUGACGUCAUGUUUGGUGUCGUUGGCGGGAAUAUCACAUAUCCGUGUAAUCCGGAAGCUGCACCUACGCCCACUUACACCUGGCUGAAGAACAAUAUGGAGCUAAAUUUGAACCCCGGGGACACCACCUCCCGUAUCAGGAUGCUGCAGAACGGGAACCUGCUUAUUCUGAACAUCAAUCCCGGAGACGUGGCGUACUAUACGUGUAGGACAGAGAACCAGUUUGGAAGGUCCAGUAGUACAGGACAGCUGCAAAUAGCAGAUAAAGUGGUAAUAGGUCUACCACCAGUAAACGUCCAAGUGAAGGUGAACCAGACUGCCUUCUUAAGAUGCCAGGCUUCGUACAACAGCCUCCAAGACGUCAUCUACACCUGGCUCUUCAAUGACGAAAUCAUCGACAUCAAUAAAAACGUGUACUACAAACAGGGUGUAUCGCAGUCCCUAACAGGGCUUUUCGUCACAGCUGCCCAAUUUAAACACAGUGGAAAAUACACGUGCAGAGCACAGACAACGAAGGAACACACAGAAGCCUGGGCAUUUCUAACUGUUCUAGGUCCACCCAGUGAGCCCGCGGGGGUAUACGCCAUCCAGAGCAGCAUCGGGACGUCCUCUCUCCGUCUGUCGUGGACUGUUGGUGCUUCUAAUGGAGAGAACAUCCUCUUUCACACCGUGGAAGCACUGCCUGUAAUGUUAAAUGAGUGGUAUACUGCCGUAGACUAUGUUUCCGACGUCUCGUCAAUCGUUCCGGGUUUGGACAACAAGAAACGGGUUGUUGAAGUUCAUGGACUCAAUCCCGGAUGUGGAUACCGCUUCCGGGUUUACUCGACCAACUCGUUUGGAGUAGGUCCUAGAAGUAGACAAUCCGACGCCUACACUACACGAUAUGGACCUCCAACCCACCCACCCACUCACGUGGGAGGAGGGUACGGGAGUGUGGGUGAUUUAACCAUUACCUGGAUGCCUCUAGAAGAUUAUCAGCUAGGAGGACCUGGUAUUGGAUAUCAUGUAUACUACCGAAGGAAUCUUACAGAUACUUGGACCAACAAGGUUCAACUGACUGGAAAUGUCGGAAAAUAUGUGACUCAAGUAGGGGCGUACAAUUACUACCUGUUGUAUGACGUCAUGAUACAACCAUACAAUGACUUAGGCCAAGGACCAAACUCUAGUGUCAGUACGAUCUACUCUGCAGAAGAAAUUCCAUCUAUUUCAAUCACAAACGUACAAGCUUACCCGUACAACGCCAGUGCUCUGAUGGUAACCUGGGACCCCGUGCCCGACACUCGCGAGGUUAUGAAAGGGAAGCUGCUUGGAUACCAGGUAAACUAUUGGGAGAGAUUCACCGAGGACCCUAUUAUGAACUCCAUCAGCUGGCGCGGGCAAAUGAGUAGCGGUUUAGUGAUUGGUCUGUUGCCAGACACGUGGUACACCGUGAACCUGCAAGCACUGAACAUGGCGGGAAUGAGUCAAAUAAGCGAGACGGACUUUCAGCUAACCUUAAAAAUGGCGCCCCGCAUGUAUCCAACAGAAAUCCACGUAGGAUCUCACGGCUCCCAAAGCGUGUAUGUCACGUGGCGCGGGGUCACUACAGGCAUUGAAGAAGAACCAAUCCAAGGAUACAUUCUACGCUACUGGUUUGACGGUGACGACAUUCGAACCGCGUCCGAUGUGCGUGUGGGCAAGCAGGACCAGGCGGUGAUCUACGGCAUCCAGAAGAACUACCUGUACUGUCUGCGCGUGCUGGGAUUCAGCACGGGAGGGGACGGGACCAUGAGUGAACUUGUCUACUUCACACUGGGUGGACGGAUUGCGGCAGUGGACCAAUCUUUGACCGAGGUCAGGGCCACAGCCAGUCAUCUGACUGUCUGCCACUACACCAUUCUAUCACUAUGCAUAAUACAAGCGAUUUCAAGAUUAACAUAUCAUUAGUAAUCACCU